AUGGAUUUAUGGCAAACAUGUCCAAAGAUUAAAUGUAAUGAAAAAACAUAUAUAGCUCUUGAAAAAGCAAAAUUAUCAACAUUAGAUCUCUUAACAUUGGAUCCAUUGGAUAUUUGCAAAAAAACAUCUAUAAGAAUGGCAGAGAUUGAAGAAUUAAUUGAUAAAAUUAUACAUGAAUGUAUCCCUAAGAAAAAAGAAUAUGAUUGGGAUAGAAUAGAGUUUUUUACUACAGGAGAUAAAAUAAUUGAUGAGAUUCUUUCAGGAGGAAUACCUUUAGGACAUGUUUUAGAGAUUGUAGGAGAAAGUGGUACUGGAAAAUCACAGUUUUGUAUGCAACUUUGUUUAACAGUUCAAUUACCUCAAGAAUUGGGUGGAUUAGAGAAAAAUGCAAUAUAUAUUUCAACAGAAUCAGGACUUUCAACAAAACGAUUCUUUGAAAUGGCAAAAAGUUUUGAAAAACGGCUUAAAAUACAUUAUCCAAGUAUAAACAUUAAUAUUAAUGAGCUAGGCAAUCGUGUAUAUUGCAUAACAUGCGUAGAUCUUGAAGAACAAAAUCAUAUUCUUCAAUUUCAGUUACCAAUAGCUAUGGAACGAUAUAAUAUUGGAUUGGUUGUUUUGGAUAAUAUAGCAACUCACUUUCGCGCAGAAUAUGAUGUAUCAAAUAUAUAUUAUCAAACAGAUAAAAUGUCUAACCCUACAAUAAAAUCAGGUUUAAUAGAUCUUGUCAAUCGAAGUCGAGAUUUAGUACGAUUAGGCGCACAUUUAAGAUUACUUGCAGAAAAACAUCAAUGUGCUAUAAUUGUUAUUAAUCAGGUUUCUGAUAAAAUAAAAAAAGACACAAUGACACUUUUUGAUUACAAUUAUCAAGGUGCUUGGUUUCAGGGCUGGAAACAUCAUGAAUAUUCAUGUAAAGUGCCUUCUUUAGGCUUUGUAUGGUCAAAUAAUAUUCAUGCUCGUAUCUUAUUAUUACGUUCAAUAUUAUGUCAAGAAACAUGUACUCAAAAUCGAGCACUUAGAGUUGUUUUUUCACCAUUUUGUGCACCUACACAAAUUGAUAUAGAUCUUACACAUGAAGGGGUAUUUUCAACACAAACAACUAGACGGUAA